AUGAAUCCUGCACGCCAGCCAAAGAAGAGGUUCGUGGGACGCAAGACCGCAGAUGCUCAGGCGCAAAGCCAGAGGGAUGGAGAUUCUCAAACUUCCGACACAACUUCCCUUCAGCAAGCCCGGCCCCGGAGAGCUCCGCGAGCCUUAAACCAAAUCCCAAUUGAAAUCCUAGAAGAUGAAGAUAUAAAAGCUGCAAUUUCUCUUCUUCCGCAGAACUACUCCUUCGAAAUCCCUAAAACGAUCCACAGAAUAAGAACUUUAGGGGCAAAAAGAGUUGCCCUCCAAAUGCCCGAAGGUCUCCUCCUCUUCGCAACCACAAUAUCUGAUGUCCUCACCCAGUUCUGUCCUGGGAUCGAAACCCUAAUUAUGGGCGAUGUCACAUAUGGCGCUUGUUGUAUAGACGAUUACACGGCGCGUGCUCUAGGCUGUGACUUACUCGUCCAUUACGCGCACAGCUGCCUCAUCCCUGUCGACGUCACCACCAUCAAAACCCUAUAUAUCUUUGUCGAGAUAAGCAUCGAUACACAGCACCUAAUCGCCACGCUAGAGCGGAACUUCCCGAGUGGGAAAACCAUCGCAGUCGUCGGCACAAUCCAAUUCAACGCCACCAUCCACGGACUCAAGCCCACCCUGGAAAAGGCCGGCUACUCCAUCCUCAUCCCACAGAUCACCCCGCUCAGCAAAGGUGAGAUCCUAGGCUGUACCUCCCCCAAACUACCCUCAGACCAAGUCGACAUCCUCCUCUACCUCGGCGACGGCCGCUUCCACCUCGAAUCCGCCAUGAUCCACAACCCUUCCCUCCCCGCCUACCGCUACGACCCGUACUCGCGCACCCUCUCCCGCGAAUCCUACAACCACGACGAAAUGCUCACCUUGCGCCGCGACGCGAUAGCCACCGCCAGAACCGCGCGGAAAUGGGGCAUCAUCCUAGGCUCCCUGGGCAGGCAGGGCAACCCGCACACCAUGGCCCGGAUCGAGAAGGUGUUGCACGAGCGCGGGAUACCGUUCGUGAAUCUGCUGCUUAGUGAGAUUUUCCCGGGGAAGCUGGCGUCGAUGUCCGAUGUGGAGUGCUGGGUGCAAAUUGCGUGUCCGCGGUUGAGCAUUGAUUGGGGAUAUGUGUUUUCGCGGCCGUUGUUGUCACCUUAUGAAGCGCUUGUGGCUCUUGGGGACAGGCAGGGGUGGGAUGAGGGGAAUGGUGGGGUCUAUCCGAUGGACUUUUAUGCGAAAGAUGGAUUGGGAAGGACGAGGCCGGAGAUGGCGGCGGAAUGUACUGCUUGA